ACUAAAAUUUUUUCAGUUAUAUAUAUUUAUAUAUAAGUAUAAAUACAGUAAAAUAAUACUGUAACUCCAGGUGCAGGUGGAAGAGACGGUGAUUAUUUAAAAUGUAAUUCUAAAAAAGGAGCUAACUAACUAACUCAAUGACCUUGUUGUCAUCACUUAUUUAUACCAAAAACAAUUUGAUCACUGUAAAAAGUAAAGAUUUGAAUAAGCAAAUAAAAAUAAACAAACGUUGUCUUUAAUUUCAUAUUCAGGUGAACGAAUGUUUCCCUAAAAAUAACAAAAAGCCUUUUUCCACCCUGAAGAUGUUGGCUCUCACUGUUCGUCUUCUUUAUUUUCAGCUGAGGAAAUCUAUAUUUUAAAUUCUCAUUCUAUUGGUUUGAAUUAUGAUCCAAAAGGAAAGUGCUCCAUCUAAAGGUUAAACUUUUCAACUGAGGGGGUGGAGAGGAAAAAAAAAUCUAAACAUCUGUCCUGCGUUGAGCUAACUUUCAGUAAGAGCUCUCAAACCCACACAGAGGAAGUGGUGUGUUUGUCCGCGCUAAUCUAAUUUUCCAUGUCAGCUCACACGUAAACCAUGGAUCUACAUUUCUACAGACACAGAGCGUAUAAAGUUAGUGGUGGUGGUGGUGGGGGGGAGUCAUUGAACAAAUGAAAUAAAAUUCACCUUAAAAAAAAGCAUUCAUUAGCCGCCCCUGCAGGGAGCACCCUGCCCCUCACAUUGAGAACCAUAAAUGAUGCUACCUGAUGAAUUCCAAUAGCAUUUCCCCCAGUGUGGUCUGAUGUGAGGUACGUUUACUGUAAGAAUCAUGGAAAUGUAAAUUCAUGAAUUUUUGACAUUAAAUGUAGAUUGUAGUAGAUGUAGAUUAUUGGUCAUGUACAGCUCAACCAAACAGGGGGUGUUUAUAUUUCUUUCUUUAUGUAUUUUCAUGUAAAGGACUUCUGUUGUGGUUUGAUUCCAUGCUGAUUAUUCUAGUGUCACCUUCAGAUGUUGACAUGCUGUGAAGAAGUCGUCUUCACUGACUGUAAUUCUUCCAAAAGACUGAAAACUGGACCUUUUUUUGUGACACACAGGAAGUGACCGUAAUGUUUUCCAAAUCAAGCCAGUCUCCACACGGUUAAAACACAUGAACACACACACACACACGCACGUACACGCUGCCUCCUCAUAUAUCUGUUUCUCCUCUGCUGUCGCUCUGAUGCACACACACACACACACACACACACACACACACACAGAGGGAGGCAGAUAACUCUGUGAUUCCACUGCUGAAUUUUUAACGCUGUUGUGGAACUUUUCUUUCCAGCUAGGUUACUGUAGCAGGGUACUCUUACACUGACACAGACUCAGGACUCACUUCAGUUCUGUUGUUUACUGAGGCCGACCAGACACACACUCUUCAUGGAGUUUAAGACCUCUCACGUCUUCAUGUCCUGACUUCAGCUCACUUUACCAACAUGACCCUGAACACUGACAGGGAAAAAGAGCCUUUAAGACGGAGAGGCAGCACGCCCAUCCCUCCUCUCCAACUCUCCCAUCACCUGUCCUUGAAUCGAAGCCCACAUCUCCCAGGCAGCACCCGGCCGUGCCCGGAGCAGCCCCGUCCCCAACGUUGCCACGCUCCGCUCGGACAGUCUGCUUCAUACCACCCUGGAGACAAGUCCCUCCACUACCGUGCCCACUGGAGUUCAGACUCGGACGACGACUCACAGAGUGACUCAGACUGUGUUUACAGAGUGGUGCUGCUGGGUGACCAUGGGGUCGGGAAGUCCAGCCUGGCAGGAAUCUUUGCCGGAAUCACAGACAAAGACAAAGAUGAUCAUGGUGGAGCUGUAGCAGAGCUGGCGUAUGAGAGGACUCUGACAGUAGAUGGAGAAGAAACCACACUCAUUGUCAUGGACACCUGGGAGAACGACAAACUGUUUAACAAAUCAGGGGACGGAGAUGACGGCUCCUCUCAGGCAGAAUGCCUGAAAGUGGGCAGUGCCUACAUCAUCGUGUACUCCGUCACUGACCGCUCCACCUUUGACGCCGCCGCUGAGCUCCGGAUCACGCUGCGACGUGCGCGUCAGGCUGAAAAUAUUCCCAUCAUCCUUGUGGGGAACAAGAGUGACCUGGUGCGAUCCAGAGAAGUCGCUAUAGAAGAGGGCCGCGCCUGUGCGGUGGUGUUCGACUGUAAGUUCAUAGAGACGUCUGCGUCCCUGCAGCACAACGUGACCGAGCUGUUUGAAGGGGUGGUGCGACAGAUCCGUCUCCGUCAAGACUGCAGUGAGCCCCUGCAGAGGAAGAGUUCCGUGUACAAACGUAAAGAGAGCCUUACCCAGAAGGCUCGGCGGUUCCUGGACCGACUGGUGGCACGUAACAACCAGCGCAUGGCCGUCAAGGUGCGAUCAAAGAGCUGCCACGACCUCGCUGUCCUCUGAAGACACAUGUCCACCAUGUCGGAGCAUCAAGUCAGAUGAGUUUUUUUUUUUUAUCACAGACGGUGAUGUUGGGGACAAUUAUGACAAACUUUAAUGUUUAUUUUCCCUUCAGUUGAAUUGCCAUGUUUAUAGAUGACAGUGAAAAAGACUGAGGAGAGGACUGAAGUGAAGGGACAAUAGUAUCUGCAGGAAAUACUUGAUCUUCUGUCAGAUGACAGGUCUUUAAAAAAUCUUGGACGCACAGAGGUAAAGGAUUUUCACACUCUGGCCUCGACUAGUUUUCCUACGUCCAUCAGGUGAAAACAUUCCCGUGACUAGAAACAGACCCAGACAGCUGUGGACGAUCUUCACUGUAAUGUUAAUAGGAGUGUGUGUGUGUGUGGGUGUGGGUGUGUGUGUGUGUGUGUGUGUCUCAGUUCCUACUGUGAUGUUUCCCUGCAGUUUCUACUGUUUUUAGCUCUACACUGUACAGAGUGAAGUCAUGCUUCCACUAUUGUAGGCAGAUGCACGCAAUGUUACUAUUAAAGACUGCACUUGGUGAAUA